UGAAGUUCCGGGUAAACAGGUGUAGAUGAACAAACAGAAGAACAAGAUCAAGAAAGCCUCUCACGUUACGACUCCGUCCCCUCUGCUGGCCCAAAUUCAGAUUCAACCCAACAUCUUAGCAAAAGUUUUAUUUUCCAGCGGCUCCCGCUCUCAUUGUCUCUCAAUCGUCUACCCCGUAUACGUGCUCGACCAGCUCAGACGGACGGUCUUAAGUCUUAACCGACGACGCCGACGACAAUAACACUAUAUAAAUAUAAAACAGUGUGAGGGUUGAAUUGUGGAAUUGAAGGGCUGCGAAGAGAAAGAAAGUGAUGAGGAGGCAGUGGUCGGCGGCGGCGGUGGAUUUGAUAGCUUGUGGAGGCUUUGCGUUCACCAUAUUCCUACUCAAUUUCGUAUUGGUUUGCCAAUUGCUCCUCCUUCACCCACUUGUUUCGGCAUUAGAUGGCAAACCUGGUGAUGCUGCCGCAUUGUUUCAAAGAGUUUCAGAAAGUGUAAAAGUCAAGAAAUAUACUGAGGCCCUUGACGACCUCAAAGCUGCCAUAGACGCAGAUCCGGCUCUUUCAGAAGCAUAUUGGCAUCAAGCAUCUAUUCUUCGUCAGUUGUGCAGAUACGAGGAGUCAGAGAAAAGCUACAAUAAAUUUCUGGAGCUGAAACCAGGAAAUUCAGCAGCAGAGAAGGAGCUAUCUCAGUUGUCUCAGGCUCAGAGUGCUCUGAAUUCAGCUUCAAAUCUCUUUGAUUCUGGUGAUUUUACAAAAGCUUUGGAAUACAUCGAUAAGGUGGUACUUGUUUUCUCUCCAGCAUGCUCAAAGGCAAAAAUGCUUAAAGUGAGGCUACUAAUAGCAACCAAAGAUUAUUCAGGUGCAAUAUCAGAGGCAGGAUACCUCCUUAAAGAGGAUGAAGAUAAUUUAGAUGCAUUGCUGUUACGUGGGCGUGCCUAUUACUACUUAGCUGAUCAUGAUGUUGCUACAAGGCAUUACCAGAAGGGUCUUCGCCUAGACCCUGAGCACGGUGAACUUAAGAAAGCAUAUUUUGGAUUGAAGAAUCUACUCAAGAAGACCAAAAGUGUAAGUAAAAAUGUUUUCUAUACUUCUAGAUUUUCCAAAGUAUCUAAGAGAUUUUCUGAUUCUAGCUUGAGCUUGAUGAGAUUAAUGCAGGCAGAGGACAAUGCAAGCAAGGGAAAGCUUCGCCUUGCUGUGGAAGAAUAUAGAGCAGCACUUGCACUGGACCCAAAUCACUCUGCGCAUAAUGUAAACCUUCAUCUUGGUUUGUGUAAAGUCUUGGUCAAGCUUGGUAGAGGAAGCGAUGCUGUAUCAAGUUGUUCUGAAGCGCUUGAAAUUGAUGGGGAGCUUGUUGAGGCUUUGGUUCAGAGGGGUGAAGCUAAACUUUUAACCGAAGAAUGGGAGGGAGCUGUGGCAGAUCUGAAAUUAGCAGCAGAGAAAUCGCCUCAGGAUAUGAGUAUUCGUGAAGUGCUGAUGAAGGCAGAAAGAUCUUUAAAGUUGAGCCAGCGGAAGGACUGGUACAAGAUUUUGGGAGUUUCAAAAACUGCACCUGUCUCAGAAAUAAAAAAGGCUUACAAGAAACUUGCAUUGCAAUGGCAUCCCGAUAAGAAUGUUGACAAUAGAGAAGAGGCAGAGGCCAAAUUCAGAGAAAUAGCAGCUGCAUACGAGGUUUUGGGAGAUGAGGAAAAGCGUACCAGAUAUGAUAGCGGUGAAGACAUAGAUGAUAUGGGUUCUGGAAUGGGUGGUGGAGGAUUUAAUCCGUAUGGUGGUGGGGGGCAACAAUUUACCUUUCACUUUGAAGGAGGGUUUCCGGGUGGUGGCUUUCCUGGUGGAUUUGGUGGUUUCCACUUUUAGCUGUGGUGACGUUUUUAUUAUUUGCUUUGUGCAUCUGGAGAGAAGUACAGUAGGCAGAUAAUAUUCUUUGUAAGAAAUUUGAACUGACCGAAUGGAAGGUCUAUAGGGGAUUGAAUCAAUUUGUUGGCACAAUUUUGCUUGGGGGAUAUUUAGUAAUCCAGUAACAACUGGUCAAGGAAAUAGAUGAGCCCUUGUAUGAGCUGAUACCAGGUCCUUUUUAACUGAUAAUCUGAGGAUCGGUUGGCUUGAUUGGAUCCCGUUUUGUUCCUCAAAUGUCCACUAACAGAAUCCUCGUGCAACAAAAGCGUACAGGAAAGAAUUUCCUUAUCA